AUGGAUACUUCCAGGGUCCUGUUCUUGGCCGUCUUCCUCAUUAGCUUCCUCUGGGAUUUGCCCAGUUUCCAGCAGGCUUCCAUCUCAUCCUCCUCGUGGUCCCCCGAGAACCUGCGGAACCGCAAAGAAGGGAAGGUGCCUCCGGCGCCACGAGACAGUGCCUUGGACUGGGCGUCCUCGGAGCGCCAAGAGCCCCGGCGCGGGCGACCGGAGGAAGCUGGGCCGCUGCAGCCCCGGGCACAGGAGCUGCGAGUGGUGCCCCACGAUUACAUGCUGUCACUCUACAGGACUUACUCCACCGCCGAGAAGAUGGGCAUCAACGCCACCUUUUUCCAGUCUUCUAAGGCUGCCAACACGAUCACUAGCUUUGUAGACAGGGGACUAGACGAUCUCUCGCACACUCCUCUCCGGAGACAGAAGUAUUUGUUUGAUGUGUCCACCCUCUCAGACAAAGAAGAGCUGGUGGGCGCGGAGCUGCGGCUCUUUCGCCAGGCGCCCGCAGGGCCCCGGGGGCCGCGGGCCCGGCCGCUCCAGGUGCAGCUCUUCGCCUGCCACUCGCCCCUGCGGCUGGACGCGCGGGCCCUGGACCCCCAGGGGACGCCCCCGGCCGGCUGGGAGGUCUUCGACGUGUGGCCCGCCCUGCGCCACCAGCCCCGGAAGCAGCUGUGCUUGGAGCUGCGGGCCGCGUGGGGCGAGCCGGGCGCCCCGGAGACCGAGGCGAUCGCGAGCCGCCACGGCAAGCGGCACGGCAAGAAGUCGAAGCUGCGCUGCGGCAAGAAGGCCCUGCACGUGAACUUCAAGGAGCUGGGCUGGGACGACUGGAUUAUCGCGCCCCUGGAGUACGAGGCGUACCACUGCGAGGGCAUGUGCGAGUUCCCGCUGCGCUCGCACCUGGAGCCCACCAACCACGCCAUCAUCCAGACGCUGAUGAACUCCUUGGCCCCUGGCGCCACCCCGCCCAGCUGCUGCGUGCCCACCAAAUUGACUCCCAUCAGCAUCCUGUACAUCGACUCCGGCAAUAACGUGGUCUACAAGCAGUACGAGGAUAUGGUGGUGGAGUCCUGCGGCUGCAGGUAG